AUGGCGAGUACGGACGAGAUGGAUUUUUAUGAACGGACGAAAAGUUUUAUCGGCCACAUCCUAACAGUCUUAAUCUGGAAAAAAACGUUCGCAGAUGAGAGCAGACAGAACUUUUCCGACGGAUUGAUCCAGACUUCCCUCACAUACUCUUACGAACUGACGCGUCCAACAUUGGCAAAAAUUGUGAACAUUGGAGGUAUUGGGAUGCAACUGAAGGAUGCUCGACCGCUAUCCAGUGAAUUCCAAAAAAUCGUGGACCAUUGUGAAGGUCUAGUAGUGUUCUCAUUCGGCUCGGUAGCUCCCAGUCACUUAAUGCCAGAAUCGUGGAAGAAAGCUUUCCUGGAGGCAUUCGGACGCUUUCCAAAACUACAUUUCGUGCUCAGAUACGAAGGAGCCGACUUGAAAGAUCGACUCCCACCGAAUGUUCACUUAUUCAAAUGGUUGCCACCAGCGAUCUGCAUAGGCAUUCCCAAAACAGUAGGCUUUCAUAUGCACAUUGGCUGGUUAUACGUGUACAGGUUAAGCUAUUCACUUACGAGCUUAUCGGUGCCUCCAAUUGUGAUGGCGAGUACGGACGAGAUGGAUUUUUAUGAACGGACGAAAAGUUUUAUCGGCCACAUCCUAACAGUCUUAAUCUGGAAAAAAACGUUCGCAGAUGAGCAGACAGAACUUUUCCGACGGAUUGAUCCAGACUUCCCUCACAUAGUCGACCUAGUGACGAAGGCCCCUUUGGUGAUGGUGAAUUCUAAUGAACUCUACGAACUGACGCGUCCAACAUUGGCAAAAAUUGUGAACAUUGGAGGUAUUGGGAUGCAACUGAAGGAUGCUCGACCGCUAUCCAGUGUGAGUUCAGUAUUUCCGAUUGCCUACAGUUCUCACUGGGUACAGAUUUUGAAGCUGACAUUGAACGGUCAACGAAUUACUAAUAAGAAACACUGA